AUGUGUCCACACAGACUCUUCGACGGCUUCGUCCUGCCCGCCUCGGCGGAUAUGCAUGUCCAUUUGCGCGAGGGAGCAAUGUUGGAAGCGGUCGCGCCGACGAUUAGGCGGGGGGGCGUGGAUACGGUGUUUGUCAUGCCUAAUCUAGUUCCACCCAUCACGACCGUCGAACACGCUUUACAAUACAAGGCCGAGAUAGCUAAGCAUACAAACGCAAACUUACUCAUGUCCUUGUAUCUGCAUCCGUCCAUCACGCCAGACACGAUCCGACAAGCCAAGCGGGCCGGGAUUCACGGGGUCAAGUCGUAUCCCGCGGGAGUAACGACCAAUUCCGCGUCCGGGGUCGUCAAUUACGAACAGUUUUAUCCUGUAUUCAAGGCCAUGGAGGAGGAAGAUCUGGUCCUCAAUUUGCACGGAGAAUCACCACCGGCCGAGGACAUCACGGUCCUCAACGCCGAGGAGGCAUUCUUGCCCACUCUGCUCGAUCUCCAUAGUCGGUUCCCGAAGCUGCGCAUCGUGCUCGAACACUGCACGACGGCCGCGGCGGUCGAAGCGGUCAAGAAAUGCGGACCCAAUGUCGUCGGCACCAUCACGGCGCACCAUCUGUUUCUUAUCAUCGACGACUGGGCCGGUGACCCAAUCAACUUUUGCAAACCUGUUGCAAAACUCCCCAGCGAUCGGGUCGCUUUGCUCAAGGCCGCAACUAGCGGUAACCCAAAGUUCUUCCUGGGCACAGACUCGGCUCCUCAUCCGUUACGGGCCAAAAAGGGUGGGUUGGGCGUACACGACGCUGGCAAAUGUGCCGCGGGAGUAUUUACUCAACCAUACACAACGCAGCUGGUGCUCGAGGCUUUCGAGGACGCCGUUGCUAAAGGAGUGGUUGAACCAGUCCAAUUGUCCAAAUUUGUGGUGGAGGGGUUCCUUGGUGUCUUUGGUCGACAAUUCUAUCGCGUCGAUGCGAGCACGGAGAAGAUCAAGAUCACUGCCCGGGAUGAGAAAGUCAUGUCUAGACUGACCGUGGGCGGGGGAGCGGGCUCAGACUCGGCGAAUGCAGACGUCGUGGUUCCUUUCCGCCGGGACACCCCGAUUUACUCGCUGGAAUGGAUCUCAUGA